UUUACGAGUUAAUCGCAAUUUACAUGCCUAUUGACUGAAAUGUAUAUACAUAUGUAUAUGUACAUAUAUAUUAUGAAUAUUUUAAACAUAUGGUAUACUUCUUAUUUAAAAAAGGAAUUGUAUAAAAGAUGUCUGAGUUCAUACGUAAAUAACGCUUUGACGGAUACUAUAAAAAUUUUUUAUUGUCUUAUAAUUUUACCUUCAAACUGCUGAAGUUCUAAAGGUGUCUCGCUGAAAGGAUCAACUUCGCUUCUGCUAUUAGACAUCCUGUCAACGUCUAAUUUGUCAAUAACUACCUUUUAAUAUAUGUGAUUACAAAAUUACAAUAUCACGAACUACACAAACGUUAGACAAUACACGGCAAAGAUUUCGAAUUAUAAUUUUUAUAAAAAUUAGUCUCAACCACUAAACAUGCUUGUCAUGAAUAAAAAUUUAUAAUUAUUAUGUAGCAUCCAUUUGUCAGUGUAAAAUGUCACUUCUUAUUUAUAAAUGGUGUUUUCAGCAAUGUUGUUUUUGAUUAAAAUAAUAAAAAGUCUGUGUAUAAUUCGAUAUAACCACGAGAGUGACUAAUGAACAGAAUCGUUUUCCUUCGUAGUUGGAACGUUAUCUAAAAACUGAUAUAGAACUCUUCCUUCACAACGUACCGUUCACCUCGCACUAUCUUAGGCAACUGAUUCCUGUUUCUGUAAACAGCGAAUUGCUGCAUUCAUCAAUAAACAACAAAUGUACAAAUACAAUGCGUAAAAUAGUAUGCGAUAUGGAUAGUUUAUGUAUUAUGCUUUCAUAUCACUAUAUGUAAUUGCACGUAUCUAUAUGUACAUGCAAUGCAUACGUAGCGUAUAUAUCGAUAAGUAAUUUGUACAAUUACAAAUGUGUACGCUUGCAUCAUGUAAGAGCAACUCGCAGAUCAUUUAAUUUAGAUGAUGAAUAUUCAUACCAUUAUAUAAGUAUAUGUUGAUCGCAUAAGUAUUUUUUUAGAGAAUGUAAAUAAUUUUUAGAAAAUUUACAGGUCCUCAGCCUCAAAACCACAGAAUACCAUGGCACAGAUGGGAAUGCACUAUCUCUCAUAGUGUUUUUCUUGAGAAGAGAGUGGGGUGGAGAAAUAUUUUCUUCGGUAGUGUACCUAAGUAUGUAAUGUGCGGUGUGUUGUUCAUAAAAGGAUACAUCAUUUUGUUUAAAACACAAGGUUGAAUGUCUUUUGGAUAUGUCGCAUUUGAGUAAAAAAGAAUGGGUUGUGUCAAUAGCCGGACAGAUAUUAAUGAUUUACACCCAAAUAUUUUUCAAGUGAUGAAUGUAGAUGAAUUAGGUAAUUUAAUUACCCCUGGACGCUUAGAAGUUACUGAAGCUGAUAUAGUGCUUUAUCAACGCGGUAAACAGCCUAUUAAAUGGCCUUUGCGUUGUUUACGUCGGUACGGUUAUGAUGCUGAAAUAUUUAGUUUCGAAUCUGGUAGACGAUGUCCCACAGGACCAGGCAUUUAUGCCUUUAAAUGUCAUAGAGCUGCACAUUUAUUUAAUUUGGUACAAACAAAUAUUCAGGUUUGUAAUAACAGUGGGGAUGAUACAAUGUCCAGAGAACUUCCAAUCGCUUCUCAUCCUGGUCCAACAGUAGCAAGAGUGACAAUACCAGUUGAGCCUAAUUAUUUGGAUCCAAUAUUAAAUAGAACUAAUAAUCGUAUAGGUCAGAGAAUCGCUCACUGUCAACAAAAUGGAAUCGGAAGAUUAGGUAGCGUGGGAAGUAGCACUGGUCUUAUAUCACCACAAGGAACCAUAGGUUCUCCUUCUCCAUCUCCUGUGCUGCCACCACCUCCACCACCGUUCCCUCAACCGCAUCCGUCCUCGCUUUAUGUCAAUGAAGACGUCUUGUCACCGUUACCAUUAGAAAUGGAACAUAAUAAUAACAAAAGCCCUAGAAGAGCAAUACAGAGAUCCUGUACAGUAGGUAAUUCAGUGUCCGAUAACACCUCGGUAGCAUUGGAAUGUACAUCUGCUCGUAAAACCUUAAAGGUCACUUCUCAAACUAAAUCACCGCUUUCACCAGCAGCGGCUUAUAUGAAUGUAGAUAUCAGUAAUGAUAUUAGUUCACUGUCUCCAACUCAUAGUGUUCCUGAAACAAUACAAUUUAAGGAAGAUAAAAAUGAAAAUAAUGAAUCUGGGCAUGCUUAUAUGAAUAUUAGUCCAGGCGAAGAAUGUACAGAAUUGUUUGUUGCUAGAGUACGACCUUCGCCUUUACCAUCUAUUCAAUCUGAUGUGGAAGAAGUACCAAGACAUUGUUACGCUAAUUUAGAAGCAAGUGAAAUUGAAAGUUUAAGAAAAAGAUUUUCUGGUGUGUCUGCAGCAGAGAAAUCACCUUUGACUCCAUCAACACCUACAGGUGGUCCAAUUAGAGAAGUAAAUUAUGCUGUAUUAGAUCUGGAUACAAAGGAUGUAUCGAUCAAUUCACCAUUCGAAGGACCUUCAAAUUCAUCUGCAUCUCCUCCAGAGUCACCAAAUAAACCACAAAAAGGGUAUGCUACAAUAGAUUUCAAUAAGACAGUUGCUCUUUCACAUUCAGUUAAUCCAAAUCUUGUAAAUGAUAACGAGGGUUCGAGAAAAACGCGUCACAAUUCCACUAUUAGUGACUUAACAGCACCUAGACGUAGUUCAUCUGUAAGUGAAUGAUCCAUUUUUUUACUUUAUAACUGUGUCUACAUAAUGAAUAUUUAUAGCAUUUUAUAGAAUGAUAAUACGCUUUACAAUUUUAUUAAAUUUAAAUGCGUACUAAUGCAGUACCAAAGACAUUAAACUAGUUUUCAGAUCUUUUGUAUAAUGUUGAUUAUCAAGCAAAAAUGUGAAACAAUGUAUCUUUACUCAAAAAUUUCAUUUCUUGACUUAUUUAUCAAGAAUUAUUUUACAAUUUAUUUAUCAAAUUAGCAGUUAGCUUUUAAGUUUUGUAAGAUAUACAAAUGUAUAUGGUGCAUCACAGUAUUUUUAAAGAGUAAGUUUUUUUUCUAUGUGCUGUUGAAAUGUGAUACAGAGAUAAUUAAAAUGAAAAGUCUUUUUUAUAGAAAAUUUAAAAAUGAAAAGCUUCAAACUCUAUCUUUAGAGAGGAAGUAUAUAUAAUAUCCUUCAACUCUAAUGUUAAAUAUUCUAAUAUUCGGAAAUUACAGUGUAUGUUUUAUAGAAGAACCUUUUGAGCCACUAAUUAUUUUGUUUCAAUUAGUUUUCAGAUCAAAUUUAUUUAUACAUCUGUAUCAAAUUCUCUACUUGUAAUAGAAUUAUAAUUAGCACUAACCAAUUAUGUCACGAUUUGAUCACACUAUGUAAAAUUUGUAUAAAAGCAUUACAGUAUAUUUGCUACAGUUUGUAUCCCACUAUUAAGUCAUUAAAUCAUUCCUACAACUGUAUAUUAGGAGAAAUAUUUCAAAAUGAAUCUGAAAUUUAUUUUUCAUAUAAGAUAUAAUAGUUACUAAGUAAAUAAUGUGACCUCUAAGAGGCGACAGAACGAUUAUAAAACACACUAUUAAUAAUUGUUUUCAUAUUCAAGCAAUUACACAUUACUUGAUUUAAAGACGAUACAGUAAUGUUUUCUGUUUGUAAAUGUUUGGUAGAAAAAUUUAUUCCUAUUAUUAUAGAAAAAAAGCUCACAAUCAUAAUUAGUGGGUCAGGAAGGAUUAGAUCAUAUGUAUAUAUAUCACAUUUGCUACCUUUAAGAUUGCUGUGGGUUCCUAACAUGCAUAUUUUAUUUGUAGCCUAUUAGAAUUUGAAAACAAAUUCUAUUCUAUGCUCUAUUUACAUUCAGAUUUAGAUUUUACAUGAAAAUUUCCAAUUCUCAAAACAAUCAACUGUGAUUGUAAUAUUACUUAUGUUAAUUUAUUAUUCUUUGUUUUUCUGGAUCUAUCGUUUACCUAUUCAGAGUUAAAUUUAUGUGAAACCAUCAUCUUCUGCAAUAUUAUGUAAUAAUAUAUGUUGUUAAAAAUUGUAAAAUACUGUUAUAUCAGUUGAAAUUCUGCAUAAAAUACUAAUGAUUGUAUACCAAUAGCUCUUAAACUUGUCUCAUUAGAAUCAUUUUAUUCAUUUGUAUUUGGAAGUAAAUGUGAUUAUUUUAUUUGCUUGAAGAAAAUUACUAUCUGACAGGCAAUACAUGGUAUUAAAAUACUAUCAGUGAAAAAGGACCACACAAAAAUGAUUCAUUAGGCCAUUUUAAAUAUCUGACUUAAUCAAAAAUUAAAUUAUGCUUCUAGCAGAAGUAUAUGAAUUUUAACUGCUUGUUGCAGUUCAGAUUGUUCCAAAGAAAGUGUUAUUUUAUAGGUUUUAUUAUAUGUAGAUCUUAGAUCCCUAGAUAUGUAAAUAAAUAGUUUGAGGGUAAUAGUAACAGAGAAUACUCACAUUUGGUUAAUAUCUAUAAAACAAAUACCAAAAUCAUAUUUCGUUUUUUCUCAAAGAUUACAUUUUUGUUUUGUUGUUUUACCUGAAUUCUAUCAAAAUGAUAAUUAAAUUUAAAAUGAAAUUAUAUUAAAUCAUUUAUGUCAUUUUCAGUAUACUUCUUCAUUUGCGCUAAAUACAUUAAAUUAUAGCCAAUUUGAAAAUCUUGUAUCUUUCGAUUUGAUCAACUUUUUUUAUACAGAGUUUCACUUCGUUAUGUGAUUUUUUCUUUUCUUUAAUACCAAAGGAAACAUAAAAAAUAGUUGAACUUGAAUUUAGUCUUCUUUAAAAUUUCACUUCCUAAUUAUAUUUUGAAUUUUUUUCAAAUUAUAUGUUGGAAGGAAGAUUUGAUAAUACACAGAUUACCAAUUUAGCUUAAAUUUAUAAGUAUAUUGUUUAAAAUUUUAUGAGAAAAGAAAAUUAAAAAUUUUCUGUUAUCUUAUUUACCAGUAUAUACUCCAAUAUAAAAGAAAUUUUUUAAAUGUAAAAGAAGUACAGGAUGGUAAAAUAUAUUUAUAUGCUAUCAUCAGGAUUUCAAUCCCAACUUUUUCUCUCAAUCUCUACUUCUUUUAAAAAUCUAUUUCUAUAUCACUGUGUAAGUAGAAUUGGUACAUAAAAUUGUAAAGCAUCUGAAUAUAUAAUUUUGCUUUUGACAGUGGCUUUAACAUAAAUAUCUUUAUUUAGUACUAAUAUUUAACAUAAGUAACUUUUUCGCAUAAAGAACCCUUAUGCAAUUUCAUCUGAUUUAUGUCUUUAUUUGUUCAUGAAUAAUUACUAAUAUUUUGAAGAACAAAUCAGCUUCUGAUAUGAAAAUUAAUGAGUUGUUACUCCCUUUGUUUUUAGAAUUGUUUUUUUUAAUAUCAUUCCAUGUAUUGCUUUUUCGUUAUUCUCAUAUUGCUUCUUUCUAGACGUUUAGGGUCCUUUUUUUCUUUAUUUAGUCUUACUUUAUAAAUUAUUUUAUAUAAAUGUGUUUAUAAAAUACAAAGUAUCCUAACUUCUUUCCAUAUACUGGAAAUUCACAAGACUCAAAUAUUCUAAUUAAAAUAAGGAUAUAAAAAUUUAUUGCAUAUUUCAAACUAUAGAACAUUUUAAAAGAACUUAAGUAAACCAUAAUGAAAUUUUUAUUAUUAUUUCUAACCCAAUGCAAUCUUAAAUAUGGGAAAUAAUUUUUUGUUCAUUCUUCCUUAUAAUAAAUUAGUAUAUAAAUGUAUAAAUUUGCAUAAAAUUCUUCAUCAUAUGUAUGACACUAUAUACAUAAAACAAGAAGUGAUGACAUUGUAUACAAUUUCAAAUGAUUACUUUUAAAGUAGUCACCUCAAAACUUAUUACAAUUACAAUAUUAUACAUUAAUUUAGUGUGAUAUUGAUAUAUAAUAGCAUAAUACAUAAAAUUAUGUAACUUUGUUGCUCUUUAAAAGAAAUUUUAUAAUGCACAAUUCUAAAACACUGUCGUAUAAUACAAUAGAUUUGGUAUAAUUUAUAAUUAUUUAAAAAAUAAGAACCUCUUGAUAGUGAUAAAUGAAAACUGUAAGUAGCAACAGUUAAAAUUUUGUCUUUUUCUUUUUUUAUAUAUUUUAGUCGCUCUUUUGUUCAUUCUUUUUACCAAUGUGUUUUAAAUAAAAUGAUUUUUUGCAUGUUUUCUAUUGUUCAUUUUUUUUUAAUCUUGCCCGUUACUUAAAAUAAAAUUGUUGGGUUCUGGGCCCAGACGCCCAUUAAAUUUAGGACAAUAUAUAAACUGGGUAAUAAAAUUAUCUUGGAUAUAACAAAUUAAAGAUAUAACCUAUCUAUCAGGCAUAUUCCCUGAGGUGAUUUCUAUCUGUCUUGAAUUAUGGUAUCAAUAAAUGGUAUGACUACAAUUGAAAAAUUGACUCUCCGUGAAAAGUACAAUACAUAGAAAUUUCUAAUAAAAAUUUAUCUGCAACAUGAAGAAUUGUGGAAAUAUAUCUAACUAUAUAAUUAAAAGAACACAAGUUGAUAUGAGACAGUACAUUAAAAUGAAUUCAAAAAUAAAUACUGCUGGUAGAUCUGUUGAAUGAUGUAUAUCUUCAAGAGGCAGCCACUGCCAAAGAUGUAUGAAUCAAUUUAGAAAAAACUUUUGAUAACUGUGGACUGAUGAGAAAGGUAGAGUUGCUAUCAGAUUUUAUUAUAGUGAGUCUAGACAGUUGUAGUAGUCUUGAAAAACAUGUAAAUAAAGUUAUAAUAACUGCACAUAAACUUAAAAAUAAUAAGUCACAACCAAAAUUAUACAUUACAUAUAAAAAUAUGUUUCAUAUUCUAAAACAGUUCAGUGAUGAUAUCAUAAAAAAGAAAAUUAAACUAAACCAGAUAUAAACAUUAUAAAUACAUCUAUAUUUACUAUGUAGAAAUAUAAAAAACAUGAAUUUUUCUAAAUAUAAAAUGAAUAUAAAAGAUCACUAUAAUCCAGUCUGAAAAAUGUCAUAAUUAAAAUCAUACAAUUAAACAAACUUAUUUUAUUAUUUGUUUAAAUUAAAAAUUAAUACGUUGCAGGACACAGGUUCUAAUGCCUGUAAUCUUCUUGGCAUUGAUUUAACUAGCCUUUCGAUAAUCAUUUUGAUUUUUGUUUUCAUUUAUUAUCAUAUAUAUGUGUCUUCUAAUAUCUAAUUUGUUUUGAACAUAUUUAAUAAUUUUUAAAUCCAAUGAUUAUGGAAGUGUGUCAAUUAUCUUUAAUAAUAUUUAAAAUUAAUUUUAUAUAAUAUAAAAAUUUUAAAUUGUCUACACUGGUAGCUAACAUACAUUUCCAGAUCAUGACCGAUCCACUUCAUGUUUUAUUGUGUUUAUGUGUUAAAUUUUGCACAAUGAAUUCUUUAUUUGGUCAUUGCUUUAUUGUAACUUAUCAAUUCAAAUAAAAAAUAUGAAAUUUAAUUUCAUCAGUAAACAUCAUAUAUGUUAAAAAAUUAGAAACUUUGUCUAAAUAUUGAUGAGAGAUCUAUUUCGAAUAAUUUAGCCACAAAAACCAUGUUUUCAUCUUAAUUCUUUCUAUACAUCAUCUCUAAAAUGUUUUAUUAUGUGAAAUGUAUUUUUGUAUAUAGUGUAUAUUUUUGUAUGAUACUGUGGCUUACUGUAAACCUUGUAGUAGAUGAUGAAUGGUUUAAAGUAUUAUUAAAUACUUGCUGGAUUUUGCAACACAUACAAGAUGUCUCACUUAAUAUGAACACCUUAAAUGUUGUACUUUGAUUUUUGAUAACAGGAAUAUAUGUUGAAGUAAAACAUGAUCGGGUUUGAAGAAAAAUAUACUAAAUAAUAAAAAGUUUUUCUCAAGGUCACAUUUUUUAAGACUUUAAAAUCAUACAUUUUUUAUUUGUAUUCAUUUUUAAUACUCACUGCUAAAUAAAAUUGAUCAUGGAUAUUACUGAAUAGUAUUAAAAUUUUAUAGUUUCAUUUAAAAAAUAUUAAUUACCAAGAAAUAUUGAAAAAUGUUACCUUGAGAACAAUUUUUUGCUAUUUGCUGUAUUUUUACCUUUAAACUUAAUUAUAUUUUGCUCUGACAUUUUUUCUUGUUAUAAGAGAUAUAUAAAAUGGUUGAAAUGCAUUAUGACGAUUGAAAGUUUAGAUGCGCAGAUUUAGUUAAAACCAAAAUACCACAAGAUGUCAACAUUUUUAAUUCAUCUGCUUCUGUACAAAUUAUCAUAAAAAUUAUUGUAGAUUGCAUGAAGAUACAUAUCAGAAACCAUAAAGCAAAAACUCUCAUUGUUUUAAGUAGCGAUAAAUACGGGCACAUAAGUACAAAAAAUUGCUCAAAAAAGGCAAUGAUCACAAGAAUACCAAAAGAAAAUAAUUCUGAUUUUCUAAUUACAUUCUCUGCUUCUCUCGUCACGUACAUAUAAGAACUGUUGAUAUAUUGACUCUGGUACCACGAUUCAUAUGAUAGACUAUUUAAUAUGGAUGUAUGAUACCAGAACAUCAUUAGUAUCAACUAUUAAAGUUUCAGAUAAUAAAUAACUAUGUAAAAGGAUCUAGUAAUGUAAAUAUAGAAAUAAGAGAUAUUAACAAGAGAAGGACCCCAAUUGUCUGACUUCGAUUUUGAUAGGUUUUUCUAAGAUGAUGACAUGUUCCUAACGAUAUGUGUAAAAUAUUAGGCGUAUAACUACACCUAACAUUUCACACAUGUUAUUAGGAACAUGUGUGUUAUCAUCUCACAGAAACUAUCAAAAUUGGAGUCCUUCCCUUGUAAGGGCACGACAGAAAUAACACAGGUCAAUGUAUUAUAUGUACCUGAGUUGGUAACCAACUUAUCGUCUAUAAGUCAAAUGAUUCAAAACAAACAGCUGAAAUUCGAAAAAGGUAGAGUGAUUUUGACUGCAAUCACAGCAAUAUAUACAUGUACAAGAAAAACAAACCAGGGAGCCUGUCAUACAUAAUAGAAGGAAAACCUUUAAAUUCUUGAAACAAAUCCACUCCCAUGAAUGUGGACUCAUAAAGAAUAAAUUUCUUAGUGAUUCCAAAUAUUUUGUUACUUUUAUUAAUGGCCUUUUUCAUAAGAUAUUUUCACAUUUUUUACAAUUAAAAGUUAAUGCUUAAAAUAAUUGAAAAACUUUUAAAAUUUUAUUGAAAAUCAAUUAAAUGCAAAAGUAUAAAUAACAAUAGACAAGUAUAACAAGAACUGACAAUAGUAAACAAUAUGUCAAUGAAUCGUUUAAUAUUUUUUUUUAAUAUGAAGAAUUGAAUGUAAAAAGCUCUAAUAUAUUGCACCAAAUUACGCAUACAUAUCUGUAUACCUAGAUAGGAUCAUCUGGUAAAAAAUACAUUGGAAAUAUGUACUAAAUGUAUACAUAUUAAUUCCAGCUUACUUAGACACUUGUGAGCAGAGACUGUGUCUGUUUUUUUCGUACAUAAUUAACAGGCAUUGAAAAAAUCACUGGGUUGCAAAAUCCCUCAACAAAAAUGACUUAUGUGAAAGCAGAUGCAAAUAAUAUGAGAAUAUUUGAUUAUAAAACUAUGGUGCAUAUACCUAAAGGAAGAAGAUAAAAAUAUGACUGUGAAGAAAUUUAUAUUUGUUGGUUACUAUAAUAGGACAAAGAGGUAUAGACUGUACAAUGAAUCCAAAAGGUAAAUUUUGAGAAGCAGAGAUGUAUUUUUAAAAAAACAGUGUAAAAAACAGGAAUGAUUUACAGAGGGAGAAGUCUUAGAAUGACUGUAAUAGUAAUACAACCACUUCAAAUACUGAAAUAACAGAAAUUAGCAUAUACAUGGAUACAGAUAGUAAAUCCUAGCCCUAAUAAUAAUGAAGACUAUGUACCAAACGAAGCCCACAGAACUC